AUGGCAAAAGUAGUCUUUCUCAUGGCCGACUAUGGGCACGACCCUUCUGAGACGGCCGUGCCCUUUACCAAGUUCGAGGAAGCAGGUUUUCACAUCGCAUUCGCCACGGAAAAGGGCAAGGUACCGCAAUGCGACACCAAGAUGCUCGAGGGCAUAACCCAACUGAUCCUUGGCGCCAAAAAGACCGUCGUCGAGCAGUACAAGUCCAUGUCCGCCUCCAGCCCAUGGAACGCCCCCCUCUCCUGGUCCGCGCCCGACUUCCGCCUCGACGCGUACGACCUCGUCUUCCUCCCCGGCGGGCACGACAAGGGCGUGCGACAAGUCAUCGACAGCCCCGCCGUACACGCCCUCCUCGCCUCCUUCUUCCCCCAGACCCGCAAGGACGGCGGCAGCUCCCGCAAGGCCGUCGGAGCCGUAUGCCACGGCGUCAUGGUCCUCUCCGAGACCAAGCGGCUCGGCGACGACGGCAAGUCGGUGCUGCACGGCGUCAAGACGACGGCGCUGCCGACGCGCUUCGAGCAGCUCGCCUUCUGGGGCACCCGCCUCUUCCUCGGCGACUACUACAAGACGUACGGCGCGUGCAGCGAAAACGUCCAGGAAAGCGUGACCAGGGCGCUGGAGCGGCCCGAGGACUUUCAGAACAGCCUGGCGCCGGCGCCGUUCGUGGUCGAGGACGACCACUACAAUUACGUGAGCGCCAGGUUUCCGGGGGACGUCGACUUGCUCGGCGACAAGUUGGUGGCGCUGUUCAAGAGCAUUACUGCUUAA